AUGUCGCUCAGUGGUAGAGUUCUUGGGGGCGUGUGUUAUGAAGGGAUCCUGGAAGACCUGCCUCUUCGGGGCCCGUUUUACCAUGAAUUCUCCUGCUCCAUCUUCUGCUACUAUGGUGCCAACCUCCAAGGGGUCUUAGCAGAGCUGGCGCAAUGGAUGCUGUGGAACUCAGACCUAUGUGUUAUUGCCCCAGCUUACACAAGGCUUCUCAUUCCCUUCUCACGGCAUCAAACAGCUUUCAUUACAUUUCUACGUUUCCAACAUCCCGCCUGCAACAUCCUGAAGGAGGACCUGGGACGCCGGGAUAUAUUGUCGAGCCCUGCCAUCUAUUCCAUAAGUGGGAUUCAAGCUGCACUAGGUCAUGCUGGGCUGAAACAGAGGUGCGGCCCAAACAUCCGUGACGUGGCAGUUGAGUGUGAUUGCCAGCGCUUCUCAAGCCUCUGGAUCCUCCCUAAGUCGAUUAAGGUACGGUUAAUACACAAGAAGCAGGUUGGGCUGGAGGGACCCCAGAGCCUUGUCACGCUGGGCGCCUCGAAAACUACAACUCCCAUCAGGUCCCGCGGCCGCCGGGCCCCACCCCGCCUCCCGCUCAGCCCGCGGCGGAGGCGCUGGGCUUUCAUCCGCGGAGCGGCGGGUGCUAGACGCGUCGCCCUGGUCCUCUCCGACGGUCGCGGGUCGGCUGUAGCCUCGGCCGCGUUCCGCCUCUGCGUCCGCGUCAGUGGCCGCCCCUGGUGCAGCGAGAGGAUGGUGGUCCGCGUGUUCGUCGCCUCGUCCUCGGGCUUCGUGGCGAUCAAGAAGAAGCAGCAGGAUGUGGUUAGAUUUCUGGAAGCCAACAAGAUAGAGUUCGAGGAGGUGGACAUCACCAUGUCGGAAGAACAGAGGCAGUGGAUGUACAAAAACAUUCCCCCUGAGAAGAAGCCUGCGCAGGGCAACCCUCUGCCACCUCAGAUAUUUAACGGCGACCGAUACUGUGGAGACUAUGACAGUUUUUUUGAAUCAAAGGAGAGCAACACGGUCUUUUCAUUUUUAGGCCUGAAGCCGCGGCCAGCAUCCACGGCCGAGCCUUAGACAUAAAGGGUGAAGGUGAUGGAGUUGCAUUUGGAGCACCGUGGUACUCAACACAUACCUGCUUACCUGAUGCAUCACUGUGACAAAGCCACACGCGCAAUCGGCAACCUUGCUUGACCUGGAAAAGGUGUUUUUGGAGGACGUGGGGAUGGUGGGGACUGCGUGAUUGCUCUAAGCUAAUCGGGGCUCUGGUGGUGGAGUUUCUUCUUUUCUCUUUUGCUUGCGGUUGCCUCACCUGAAAAUACCACCGCCUGUUAUCGUCUGCUUCCUUAAUGACUGAAGGCCAAUAGGGCAGUACCAUCGGGGAGAAGAUGUUGGAUCUACCCUAAAUCUUACUAGACACAAGUACUGCAUAAAACCAUUCCUCUCUAAGCCGCCUGCAUUGUAUCCUUGAAGCCAGUUUGCCAAGAUGGUAACGUCUUUGAAUCAGAAAGGAAAAAAAAAAAAAAAACAA